UUAACCGACGGUUAAAAUCAGCAGGGUGGCAACAGAAAAUAGAGGUGAAUGAAAACCAAGCAUUCUUAUCAUUUCAGUUGCCACCCUGCCAUCAGUUAAUCUAACCGAAGGUGGUGAAAUUGGCCCUAAGAUAUAUGAUCAUUUAUGGUUAACUAGUUACACAUGUAUUUUACAUAUUUGAUAUUUUUGUAUGUACAUCAUCAAUUCCCCGUACUUCAUUUCUUUUUUUCAAUAAAUUGUGGAAGGUAUUGUCACGGAAGAUUGUUUCUAGAAUAUUCUUACUCCUCGCGAAGUAACCGCGAAUAUUCGUCAAAUUAGUACGAGAUGAGAAACGAUCGUGAACUGCGCCGGUUAGCACUUUGUUUUGUGACAACUGUCAUCCUACGUUAAACAUACGUGACGAAGCAUCAAAGGUAUCGUGUGAUCUGAUAUCGAUGUUUAUUGUAUACACCAAGCGAGCAGCGAACUGAUUUGUUUACUGGCCGAUACAUCAAAGAAAUAUUAUAUAUUUGUAAGAGAGAGUAUAUCAUUAAUAUAAAGGGAACAAGAAAUAUCCACAAUGAAUGAGAAUGAAAAUACAGAGAGACAACUUGCAUGCAACACACGUUCCAAUCUUUCAAAUGAGAUGCUAUUCUAUGCUGUGUAUGUACCACCAGAAUACAAAGAUUGGUCGGAUGAAGAAGAAGUUUUUCAUGUUUACCUAGAUAUGCAGACUGCUUUAAAAGUAAUAAAAAAUUACAAGAAGGGUCGUUUGAAAAUCUUUAAGAGUCAUUCCGAUGCUGUGGCAUAUGUAAAAACUGGAUAUGAACAAUCUUUUGACAAUUAUUCUACAGUUUUACCUACCCUUCCUGCAACACAAGAAAAAACGAAUAAUUUUAAAGCACCAGAAACGCAGGAGCUUCAGGCCUUUAAACGAUUAAUUAAAAACGGAGAUUUAGAAUGUGUGAAGAAAACUGUAUGGAAAAAUCCGAGAUAUCUAAUUAGUAGUGGAGAUACACCUGCAAUUUUACAGAUGGGUAUUCGCUAUAAUGCUCUGCAUAUAGCAGCAAACCAGAACAAGCCAGAGAUGUGUGAAUUUAUAUUGAAUACUGUUGGAGAUCCUAAGUUUAUGCAAUGGCAUUACGGAGAAGAGGAAUUGAAAAAAAUGAAUUUAGAUCCUACACAGAUUAUACAGGAUUUAUACUUAAAUACACCUGAUAAAGGACUCAAUGAAACUCCGUUGCAUUUUGCUGUUAAAUAUGGUUAUAUAGAUGUAGUUCGGGUUCUCGUCUCCUAUUCUAAAUGCAUUAAAACUUUACCGAACAAAUAUAAACAACUGCCUGUAGAUAUAAUAUGCAGCAGGAAACAUCAAAAAGAUGAAAAUCUAAAACGUGAGAUACGUAUGCUGCUAGAAGAUCAAUUCUAUGUACCUGUAUUAAGAACAGAAGGCAAUGCAUGUCCACCUACCAUUGGAGAACCAUUCUCACCGACUAGACCACUUAGUUUAAAUAGAGAUCCUAUUAGUCCUCGUGUAGAAGUAAAGGCAUUUGCAGGUCCAAUGACUAAGUCUCAGGCAGUAGAAUUCCGGAAAAAAUGGAAAACACCACCACGCGUUACCCCUAAAAAAGGACAGGGUGACGCAUUCAGUAUUGGAAACAGUCCUAGUUUAGCUCUGAGACUGCAAGAUAUGGAAAAAGGAUUAGAACGUGUUGGAAGAGAUCUUGCUCAGGAAUGUCAUGUGCCUUGGAAGGAAUACUGGUCGUUCUUAAAAGAUUUCGCCGAUUUUCGAAGUGACGAAGGAUUGAUAAAACUCGAAAAUUAUUUGGAGCAAAGAUUUAAGCUACUUUACUCUAAAAGAAAUCAGACUUGUAACUCGGGGUGGCAUACAAAUGUGUCAGCAAAUUGUCAACAAAUAUCACAAAUAUUUGUUAAUGAAAUAGAAGGUUUAUGUGAUAAAUUGCGCUUGUGCUCAUUAGUUACUGAAGAUGAUAAAACCGAAAAUGAUACAGAUAGCUCAGAAUUUUUCACACCUCCAUCUUCACCAGAACUUAUUGAGGAUGAUUCCGAUGAUGAUAUGGAGAAUGCUGAAGAAGGUCCUGUAAUAUUUAUCGAAGGAUCUUCACCAACAAAAUUAGACCAUGCUGUCUACAAUGCACUUUCGUCCACAAUUUAUCCUGAUACAUACCCUUAUAUUUAUCGUUGGCGGCACGAUAUGCAGCUAGUUAUAAAACGUGAUCCAUAUAGAUUUAAUGAUAUGAAAUUGCUCAGGAAAAAAUUGUUUGCAAAUAAUUAAAUAAAAAAGAAAAUACAUCGACAAUCUGGAUUGCUGAACUUUGGAUUAACAGCUAACUUUGGCUUCUUCCUAAAUUACAAUCCUGUAUAACAUAAGAAAAGAAAAUUAGUUCACCUUGAAUAAGAGCUAAGUAAUUGACUAUUGAGAAAGUUUUAACUACAUUAAGGAUGCUCAUAAAACUGUAUAAACCUUUUUUUAUAUAAUGUUGUUGCAUAAACUCUCUCUACAUUGUAGAUAAAAGUUAAGAGAAAAAGGAUAUAUAUUUUGAGAUGUUUUUACAAAAGACUUGUAACUUGGUAACUUUCGCGAUGAAAUAUUUAAAACUUUUAUCAUAUAUUUCUGUCUAAUGUUCGUUUUCUUCACAGUUACAAUAAAUAUUGAUUACUGAUCACAAA